CAUGAUGCAGCUGACUGGGGUUUGCCCAGAUGAGCCAAGAUGGCCGACUUUGAGGAGCAGCUUACCGAAGAUGAGAAGGUGCGUAUUGCUGCCAAUUUCAUCAUCCACGCUCCUCCUGGAGAGUUCAACGAAGUCUUCAACGAUGUGCGGCUACUGCUCAACAAUGAUGGAAUUCUCAGGGAGGGUGCGGCGCAUGCCUUUGCCCAAUACAACAUGGAUCAGUUCACCCCGGUCAAACUAGAGGGCUACGAUGACCAGGUGCUGAUUACAGAGCAUGGGGACCUGGGCCACGGGCGCUUCUUCGACCCGCGGAACCGGCUGUCGUUUAAGUUCGACCACCUUAGGAAGGAGGCGAGCGAGCCGCAGCCCCACGACGGGGAGAGCGGCCUGCGUGCCUGGAGAGACGCCUGCGAUGAGGCCCUCAACGCCUACGUCAAGGAGCACUACCCCAGCGGAGUCUGCACAGUUUACGGAAAAACCAUUGACGGACAACAGACCAUAAUUGCGUGCAUUGAAGGUCAUCAAUUUCAACCGAAAAACUUCUGGAAUGGGCGUUGCCGGUCUGAGUGGAAGUUCAGUGUGUCCCAGUCCUCAGCCCAGGUGGUGGGAGUCCUGAAGAUCCAGGUGCAUUAUUAUGAGGAUGGAAAUGUGCAGCUGGUCAGCCAUAAGGAUGUGAAGGAGGCACUGACCGUCACUAAUGAGGUACAGACCGCCAAGGAGUUUGUCAAGAUCAUAGAGGAUGCAGAGAAUGAAUACCAGACGGCCAUCAGUGAAAACUACCAGACCAUGUCGGACACCACCUUCAAGGCCUUACGGCGGCAGCUCCCAGUCACCCGCACCAAGAUCGACUGGAACAAGAUCCUCAGCUACAAGAUUGGCAAGGAGAUGCAGAACGCUUAGUGGGGCCCGGCCCCGGCUGACCCUGCUCGUCGCGCGGCCGGUCGAACACCCGCCUGCCCUACCCGGACGCUCACCUGGUUGAGGGGGGGCCCUGCUCGAGUUACCUUGUCAAAGCAGCAAAGCCAAGGCAACGCUGAAAGGGAGGGGAAUAGUAGUAGCUAGCUACCCAGCCAAAGCUGACUCUGUCAUCCUCCUCCUCCUCCUCCUCCUGCUGCUGCUCUGCUCUGCUCUUGUCCCACAUCACAAGGAACAAAUGAGUGCUAACGUGUCUCCUAUCCUUUUUUAAAAAAAAAGAAAAAAUAAUUUGUUUGUUUUGGUCUGUUUUAUUUUCACGAAAGCCAAGGUUGGUGUUAUUGUUUUCACCUCAUACGGUCAGCCUUGUGUUGCAAAAAGCUUGUAAGGGGCACUCGCACUCCAACAUUGCACACUCCAAGACCUCACUGUCUCCCACACACACACACAGAUACACACACACACACACACACACAGAUACACACACACACACACACACACGGACACACACACACACAGAGACACACACACACACGGACACACACACACAUGGACACACACCUACGCAUGCACACACACCUACGCAUGCACACACACAGACUUAGCUGGAAAGACCGGUCAGCCUGUGUUCAGCGUUAGUCUCUCUCUGAUGUCUUUAAAUUGUUUCAAUUUUGCUGUCUGAAGAUCCCUCUUUGAAUGUGCAUCAAUCCUGAUGACAUGGGCCUGUUAUCAUGUUCAACACUGUGCUUUUUAAAAAGAAAAAAAACUUUACCUGAGAAAGGAAAUACGGCUGUGUUACUGACGAAUCAAAGGUUUAUUUCCUGCUGCCACACACACCUUGCCACACAAAGAAAGAAAUCAUAGGGCUACAUUCACAAGAUGAUAUUAAAGGGAGUGUUUCGUCACAGUUUGUCCCUCACAUUAGUUCAUAAACUAUAUUGUCAGUUCUUUUCCAUUUUAGCAGUAUGUUUGUUUUUGCCCAUCACCAUCGAAAAUGUAUUUUAAUUAUUGACACUUUGACACAAAUAUACCCCCUCCCUUUUCUCCCCUUUACCUCUCCAUCCUCGAUACUUAGCUUUUAUUGCUAUUUUUUAUAUGAUGUAUGAAUGAACAAAACUUAUAAAUCAAAAUUAAUAAAGGAUUUACAAUUAAAAA